AUGCAUGCGCAGCAAAAUGUCGAUGCUUCUCAUUGCAUGACCCCCCGCGUCCAAGUUGAAUCAACUCCCUCACUGCUCCAAAGGUUCGAUGCCUGCAGGUCUCGGCAAGCAUUUCUCGCAUCCGACCCGCAAGAACUGGUCCAUGUCUUCAAUGUUGGGAAACGGAAUUCAAUGGCCAAAGCCCGCUGCUCGUGA